GUGCGAGCGCGAGAGGACGCCGCCGAGUUAGAAGCGGCGCGGCCGCGGAGUGUGAUGCGAGCGCGCCGCCCGCCAUGGCCACGCUCGGCCUCUCCAAGGUGUUCAUCCUCGACAAGUACUUCACCGAGCUGCAGAAGUUCUGGGAGACUGAGAAGAAGCUGCAAGACGCGUCGUCAUCGAACGAGGCGGUGCACCUGCAGCGACGGCUGCUGAGUCUGAGCUCGGAGCUGGUGACGCUCCGCAACCACUUGCACGUGGGAGCGGCGGGGGGCGCGGCUGCCGGGGCGGCCCCCACUGCCGGCACUAGCACCGGACAACCCGCCGUCCCGCCGAGAGCACCGCACUUGUUACCACCACCGCCGCACGCCGCACAACCGCCCGCUCCACCGCUUCACCCCCUACCGCCUCCUCCUGAAACGCGAUGGCGGAACGUUCCGGCCGCCCCACCACAAGCGAGCGCGGGCCCCACUCCCACGAGUGGGACGAGCGGCCCGAGCGGAGUGAGCGGUCUAAGCGCAAGCGAUGUGGAGGACCUCAUACAUCUAAGAGGACCGCUCACAGAAGACGCGGUCGUUAGAGCGUUGCAGGCGAGAUUCUAUCACAAUAAGUUUUAUACGAUGAUCGGACCAAUCCUCAUCGCGGUAAAUCCAUACACGGACACCUGUAACGCAUUAACGUUGACUGCGGCCCGCGCCCACCGGCCCGAGCUAGCCCGACUGGUUCACGACGCCGUGAGACACCAGGCGGACUCAGGGUACCCUCAGGCGAUCAUUCUCUCAGGGGUAUCUGGCUCAGGGAAGACGUACGCGUCAAUGGUGUUGUUGAGGAGGCUCUUCGACGUGGCCGGUGGAGGCCCCGAAACGGAUGCGUUCAAGCAUCUCGCGGCGGCUUUUACUGUGCUGAGGGCUUUGGGCACGGCCGCCACACCGGCUAAUGCGCAUUCGUCCCGUAUAGGACAUUUCAUCGAGGUCCAAGUAACCGACGGAGCCUUGUAUCGUACAAAGAUCCACUGUUACUUCCUCGACCAGACCAGAGUGGUCCGCCCUCCAGCUGGCGAACGAAACUAUCACAUCUUCUACCAGAUGCUGGCCGGACUCACACCCGACGAGCGAUCGCAACUUCAUCUUGAAGGUUAUUCCGCUCAAGACUUAAGGUAUCUAGCAUCCCCCCAUCACCGUAGAGCAGAGCCAGAAGAUGCUGCAAGAUUCCAUGCGUGGAAAACCUGUCUUGUUAUUCUCGGUAUACCGUUCCUUGACGUAGUACGAGUUUUAGCGGCUGUCCUAUUACUUGGCAACGUUCAGUUCGCCGAGAGCGCUGAGGGUGGGGCCGAGCCAGCCGGAGAAGCAGAGCUAGCAGCAGCCGCGGCUCUGCUAGGAGUUGCAGCGCCGGCAUUGUUACGAGGCUUGGCAAUGCGGGCUCCCCCUCGGACUUCAUCUGCGCGAUCGGUGCGCGUACCAGCCACCCCAGCGGCGGCUUCAUCAGCGCGUGAUGCACUGGCCAAAGCAUUGUAUUGCCGAACAGUGGCGACUAUAGUGCGUAGAGCCAAUUCGUUGAAACGCUUAGGAUCUACUUUAGGCACGCUUUCGUCGGAUUCAACUGAAUCGGUACACGCGCAAGAAGCACGUCGAGCGUCAUCAGCAGGCGGGUCUCGAGCGGGCGCUCGUUCAAUGGCUGCACUUAACGACGCCGUACGACACGCCACUGAUGGGUUCGUGGGGAUAUUGGACAUGUUCGGUUUCGAGGACGCAGCCCCGAGUCGACUGGAGCACCUGUGCGUUAAUCUGUGCGCAGAAACAAUGCAACACUUUUAUAAUACUCACGUGUUCAAAUCCGCCGCUGAAUCUUGUCGGGAGGAAGGUGUGGCGUGUCCGCUCGAAGUGGAAUACGUCGACAAUGUGCCGUGUAUUGAUUUGGUGUCAUCCUUGCGAGGCGGACUGCUUGCUGCACUGGACGCAGAAUGUGCAGCCCGUGGUACUCCAGAACAAUACGUAGUGCGCAUUAAAACAGCACACAGAGGUCAUCCGCGACUGGCGGAGGCUCGUCCACCGCACCCUCGAAGGUUUGCAGUGCGGCAUUAUGCUGGUGAAGUGGCAUACGACACGGUGGACUUCUUGGAAGCUAAUCGCGACGCCGUCCCUGACGACCUCCUUGCCGCCUUCGAAACUGGAACCUGUGAAUUUGGUUUUGCUACACAUCUUUUCGGGGCUGAGCUUAAAGCCAUGGCAGCACAAGGCGGGGCAGCGAAUUCUGGGGGUGGAUUCUUCCGUGCGUCCCCCACAGUUGCUGCGGAAGCGGGUUCGACACUCACACAAGACUUCCACACGCGUCUCGACAACUUGCUCCGUACACUCGUGCACGCUCGCCCGCAUUUCGUGCGCUGUUUGCGGGCUAACUCUACGGAAACACCAAUGCUCUUUGAAAGGACGACUGUAGCGCGACAGGUCCGUGCACUACAAAUAUUAGAAACGACACAGCUAAUGGCCAGUGGGUACCCGCACCGGAUGCGUUUCCGUGCGUUCAGCGGACGGUACCGGGCACUGUGCCGCGGCGCGGGGGGCGGGGCGAGCGCGGGGGCCGCGGGGAGCGUGGCGGGCGCGGAGGGGGAGGCGUGCGGGCGGGUACUGAGGGCAGUGCAGGCUGCGGCCGCUCCACCAGCCCCCGCCUCCCCUGCCGCAGUACGGUGGGCGCUUGGAAAGAGACACGUCUUCCUCAGUGAGGGGAUGCGGCAGGUGUUAGAGCGGAUGCGACGUGGUCGUCGUGAAGCGGCCGCUGCGAGUAUACAGCGUGCGUGGCGGCGGCACCGCGCCCGCCCUCGCCCCGCGCCGCGCCCCCGCCCCGCGCCCAUCGCGCGCACCCCGCCUCCCGACCCCGCGGACAAGUGCGACCCCGCGCUCGUUAAGCGAACGUGCUCGCUCUUUGGACUCGACCUCGAGCGUCCCCCACCGCUGCCCCCGUCCCGCGCGUACACGGUGUCGGGGGGCGUGAAGCUGAGCUACCCGCAGCAGCGCGCCGUGAGCGCCGAGUGGAGCGACGAGGGCGGCGCGCGCCUGCGCCCCGGCGACACUGUGCUCGUGGUCGGCGCCGCCCGCCGGGGACACCUCGCUGUACAGAUCGGCAGCCGUACCGUGCAGGUCCCACACGGCGUGCUGUCCCCCCCGCGCGCGCCCGCCCCCCGGCACCACCCGCCGCCGCCCCCCGCCCCCGCGCCACCCGCACUCGCCUGACAUUCACUUGUAUAAGUAAGGACGAUAUUCUGCGAGAUGGUGUAUUACUGUAACUAAUAAUAAUAGGUAGUAAAUACUUAACUAUAAAUCUGUUUACACGUUUUCAAUGUUGCCACAAAAGUAUUUUGUAUAUUGUAUACGUGAUUUUAUAUCUAUUCAGCUAAUCCGACAAAGUAUCGUAUUGCGGUGCUCUUUAUAAAAUAGCUGUUAUUAUACUGGUCUUCCAUAUUAAAGUGCCUGAUUUUGAGAAACGUAUAUUUAAUUAAUCAAUGUAAAGUAAAAGAUAAGCCUAUCGGAUUUAGAGAGAUAUAGAUUUUUGAAAUAAAAUUAGCUAUAAAUGUGUGCCUUAUAUUUUUAUAUUUUGUAUGUAAAUAUUCGAUUUAAGUAUUUAUGUUAGUUAUUUUGAAGAAAUUGAAAAGAAUUAAUUGUAGUUUCGUUAGCAUAAGGUUUUAUGUACGGUUGAACUCCUUGCUCUGAUUGAAUAAAUUGGUAACUAUAAUAUUAUUAUAAAGAUGAUGGUUUGCUAAUGUUAUCCUGCCAAAAGAGAUUGUUGUAAUAUUAUGCUGAUCCACUUCGGGCCGCCCUGAAGCAAUUAAUAUAUUUUUUAAAUAUUCAUUCAGUAUUGAUUACAGUUGUAAAUACAGCAUAAUAUAAAUCAGUACACUACAUUCCUCAAUAUAUUGAUACUAUUAAUUUUUCUGUACAUAUUUCCUUUGGUAGUAUUAUUGGUUUUAGAUUACCUAUUAUAUAGCAAUAAGCACAAAUUUAAACCUACUGUAUAAUAGGUUUAUAUUAAAGUACUAGGUUUUACUGGUGGCUUCACUCGCGCUGAUAUAUAUUUUUAAAGUAUUUGUAGAUUCUUUUUCCUGGGUUAAAGGUACUGUGUGUGUGUACCACAGACAACUACCGCGUAUAAAAAUAUUGUAUGUGUAGGAAAAUAAAAAGGAAUCUAGAAGAUAUAGUGAAUAGAAAAAUUAAAGAUUGUUAAAAAAUCAUCAUUAGCACCGUGCACACUAAAUAAAAUAUGUAUGUAGUACCUAACUUUUUGUAAUUCAUUAAUUAUCAAUUAAAGUCAAAUGGAGUUCAUAACAUUUAGGAACACAAAAUAAUAGAGUGAUAACAAUUUCAACAGAACUACAUAUUUGAACUAA